AUGUCCAAGUCCAAUAAACAAGUCGCGCUCGUCGUUGGCGCGUCUCGGGGUAUCGGCCGGCAAAUUGCUAUCGACCUCGCAAAAGAUGGCUACGCAGUCGUCGUAGCAGCGAAAUCCACAUCCGAUGCUUCCAAGUGCUCUCCCUUUCCACCCGACCCAAACUCCUCGGCGUCCACCAUCUCUACCGUUUGUCGCGAGAUCCAUGAGUCAGGCGGCGAAGCCACAGCCAUCACUGUUGACACACGAGACUUUACAAGCAUUCAACGUAUGGUGGCCGAAACAAUAGAGAAAUAUUGCCGUCUUGAUGUAUUGGUAUACAACAGCGGCGCAAUAUGGUGGGCAAGCGUGGCCAAAACGCCUAUGAAGCGCUUCCAGCUCAUGCAACGCGUGAAUGUAGAGGGCUUAUAUGGCGUCAUACAAGCCUGUCUUCCGCACUUUGAACAGAGUGGUCGAAACUGGAAGGGUCGUAUUAUCAUCGUCAGUCCACCGAUAUACUCGCGUUUCUUCCGCGGCAAGACGGCGUAUGCAAUGGGAAAAGUAGGCAUGUCCGUUCUUACCAAGGGACUAGCAAUGGAUUUUCAGAGGGAAGGUAAAGAUGACAUGGCAGUUACUAGCAUCUGGCCUGCAACGGCUGUCCAGAGUGCUGCAACGCAGAAUCUUGGAGGUGAAGAUGCUAAAGAUCUCAGGACAGCGCAUAUCUUCUCGGACGCAGUGUUGCAGAUGAUCAAGGCGCCUGUAGAAGAGGUUAAUGGCAAGUUGCUGCUUGAUGAAGACUUUCUAAGGACGAAGGGUAUUAGCGAUUUUGACAAGUACAAUCUGGUGGAGGGGAGUAAACCAAGGAGAAUCAUGCCGGCAGAGUUUCCGAACUUGCGGGUCAAGGAGCACGAUGACGAAGGCAGAAGAGUUGAUAGUACGAAGCUUAGGGCCUCAAAGUUAUAA